CGCGUCCUGUGACUGCAGUCAGGUGGUUGCGGGCUUUCCCUCCCUCCCUCUCUCUUCCCCCCUCCUAUCGCGCUCCGUCUUUCCCCACGUCGGAAAGUUGGAAGAAAGUUGCUGGCUGGGAAAGUUUGCAGGCAGGAAAGCGGUGUCCCCGGCUUCCCCGCAGCGCUGAGGGUCAAGGAUGGCCGGCGGGGAAGGAGCGGGCUCCGGCGUGCCCGAGAGCCGGGAGCAUCUCUUCAAAGUGCUGGUGAUCGGGGAGCUGGGCGUGGGUAAAACCAGCAUCAUCAAGCGCUACGUGCACCAGCUCUUCUCCCAGCACUACCGGGCGACCAUCGGCGUGGAUUUCGCACUCAAAGUCAUCAACUGGGACAGCAAGACCCUGGUGCGGCUGCAGCUCUGGGAUAUAGCAGGCCAGGAGCGCUUUGGAAAUAUGACCAGAGUAUACUACAAAGAAGCAGUUGGUGCUUUUGUGGUCUUCGAUGUCACAAGAGGCUCCACAUUCGAGGCUGUUUCAAAAUGGAAGCAUGAUUUGGACAGUAAAGUACUACUUCCCAAUGGCAACCCCAUCCCUGCUGUUCUUCUUGCAAAUAAGUGUGACCAGAAGAAAGAUGGCAGCCAGAAUCCCUCCCAAAUGGACCAGUUCUGCAGAGAAGGUGGUUUUGUUGGAUGGUUUGAAACAUCUGCAAAGGACAACAUCAACAUAGAUGAAGCUGCUCGAUUCUUAGUAGAAAACAUCCUUGCCAACUACAGAACCUUUCCUAAUGAAGAGAAUGACAUGGGGAGACCAAAACUGGACCUAGACCCAUUGAAAGCAGAGAGUAAAUCACAGUGCUGCUAAUGGUACCACUGCUGAGUAAAUGUUACGGGAUGAAUUACAAGACUGUUCCUUAAAUUGGACUGCUGCUAUGGUGCUGCAUUGUGACCAUCCAUAUGGGGUGUCUGGUAUUAGCUAACUAGGUGAUUCUUUUGGGUGUUUACAUAUUCUUGUUCAGCAUGGAACUGAGUAUCAUGUGAGAGAUCACUCCACUUGCUUGACUGGCUGUGUCUGAGUCUGGUUAGGGUCUUCUUUCUUGAGAACAUAAGGUAGGUAGUGUUUACACUCCUAAAAAGGAACAAAGAUAACAUUCAGUGUCUAGUUUGCUUCUAGGACAUUUGCUACAUUCCAGAUAGGACUCAUUUGUCAUGGUUUUAACUGAAUAAACACUUGCACCUUUACAGUAAAUUUUUCCCUUGUCACCAGUAAGGUCCCACUUCAGCAGGCUCACUUAUGCACUUGUCUGCAUUUAUUAUCCCCCACCAUGAGGAUCUAUCUCAUUGCUAGUUCUCCUGGAUUGAGACAUCCCAGAAAUCUCAAAGGGGCUAAUGACCAGAUGGAAGAUAUCUAUCUUAGUGUGUCCACUAAGGGUGAGUGAAGUAGAUGGCUUUUACCACUGCGUUAAGGGUAAAUGAUUGUACUGAACAGGAGAAAGGCAUGGUUUUAGAAAUACUAAUAAAAAAGCAUCUCCAGCCAUUUAAGGCAGACUAUUUUCAGCUAAUACUUUACAUAUGAAACACAUUAAUGAAUGCAGUUGUAAUCCUGGUAUAUAGUUAUGGUAACCUUGCCCACAUGUGCAUCCAGAAAUAAACAAAGUAACCUUUGUGUGCACUAACACUGAAAAUUUUACCAAUAAUGCAGAAAGUAAUAUAUCUUGCUGUUCUGUGAUAAUGUACUUGUUUUUUUUUCCUUUUAUCUUGAGGUGGUUCUGAAUGCUAUGAGGGAGGAGUGAGAUCUUAAAGGAAAUAGCUUAACUGGUUCUUGCUAGCCUGGAAAAAAAAAAAAAACCUCCCACACUACCCCACCACAAAAUCCAAGCUCUUUCUUUUUUCAGUUUUAGAACAGUGCUGCACUCUGACUACUUGCAGUUGGUGAACUGGCUCACCAGUUUGUAACUCUGUAUACUGAAAUGCUUAUGUUCCCUUGUUAUAACUCAUAUUUUUGGCAGCAAAUGAAGAUCAAAAGGAUUAGAGAGAUUUCACGGUUCUUGAAUACAGUCUGGAACUCUGGCUCUGCUUGGCUGAAAGGUUUUGAAGCUCCUCUGUUUUUUAAAAGUUUCUUCUGUCUUGGUGCCUCAUUGCUACUGACUUCAGAGGUCUUGUCUUGCUUGGUCUGAUGGUGCUGAUGCUUACUUAAACAUCAGCAUGAAGUAUAUGCCAGAUUGUAUAUACUUAAAUCUGUAUUGAAAUUUCCUAGGCUGUCCUUUUUUUCUAAAGAGAAACAUACUUUUUAAAAGAAAUAAAUAUAUUUGGGCAUCUUACAUGUUGUUGUAUUCUUUUGAGAAAAUGAGUCUUUAUAUUGUCUGUUCCCCCUAUACACAAAUGCUUUCACUGAUAUUUGAGAACAACUUCAUCUUCUAGUAGCUGCUACAUUAUAGACUUAUUUUAACUUACCACGGUGAGGCUUGUCAUAAGCUAGAACUGGGUUUAGCUAGCUUAGGAUUAUAAAAUAAUUCAGAUGAAAAGAUUCUUAGGAGUGUUCUAAGCCAACACCCUUCUCUAAGGAAGGUAAUAACCAGCAUGCUUAGGCUUUCAUGUGGUCUGGUCUUCAGUAAAGGAGACCAUAUGGCCUUGGGAAAGUUGUUUCAAUGACUGAUUGUCCCCUCAAAGUUCAUCUAGUCUGAACCUUUAACUUCAACUUACAUCCAUAGUCUCUCAUCCUCAUACUGUGCACCACUGUAAAUUGUGUAAAUUAGGGUUGUGCAGAUUUAUUGGAUGCUUAAAUCUUGAUUGCUACUUCAAAAAUUCUUUUGAAAGCCUGUAGCAUUGCAGAAAGGAAGUUUUACUCGUCCAUUACUUGCUUGGUGGCUUGUUUGGGUUGUUAACCUUUCUAGGUAACCUGGAACUACCAUAAUAAUCUUAUUCAGUCACUUGUAGAACUCCAUUUAGACUGUAAACUCAGUUUUAAUAAGUUGUUUAAUCUCUAGUCUCUUUUUAAACUUUAAUUACAGCUGCAUUAAUCCAAUAACUAGCCAGUGGAGCGUGUGUAGCCUGUUUAUUUGCUUCUUGACUAGAUAAAAAAAAAAAAAAAAAGUAUAUAUAUAUGUAUGUAUCGUGGUGACCAGUCAGAUGGUGCAAUUUCCUGUUCACUGGGCUUUAACUGUAAGUUUACUGAGCCUAUGCACUAUAACAUGAAGUUUGUCACUAAUGGGCAAAAGAAGGCUAGUUCUUGAGUCUGUCUACUAUGGCAUAGGAGGCUGGUCUACAGUCAAAAGUCUUUAAAAUACCUACUUUCCUGGGGAAACUGCCAACAGAGGCACACUUUUUUUUCUUCGAAACAGCUAUAGCACUUUUUUAUUUUUAAUUUUCAGAAUCAAUAGCAACAUAAAAAAUUCUGAAGCUUUGGGAGGCUACUUAAAUUCAUUAGUUUUACCUAAGUCCUGCCAGUGGCAGUAUAAUCCUAUGCAGAUCAGUUUUAAGAAUGUCUACAUUUCUGCUUGAAGAGCUUUUGCUACUAUGUUUAAGCAGUGUCCUUGUUUUGUAUGUAGCUUGUGUUCUUCAAGCUCCACCUGCAUGAAGAAUGGCCAAGACUCUCAAAUUGUAGUGGAGUAUACUAAUUUUGAUAUGGCUUCUCACUGACUGGAGAAGCCGAGACAGUCAUCCAGGGAGUUUGAGUUGGUUUUGUAUAGUUGUAUACAUUUUAUUUUCUCAUUAAUAUCUUCCUUUUAUUAUUGUUGCAUCGAAGCUGUUUUAAAGUUAGUUUCCAAACCACAGGACUCUCUCAUUUCCCUUUUCCCUCUCCUGUAAGUGGGAGAUUUUGGCUAAAAGCUAAACCCUGGUGGGGGCAGAGAAGGGGCUAAACCAGGACAGCUAGUCUUCCUUUGUGUUACAAGCUGCAUUUUAACUCCUGAUACUUGGAGGGAUCAUUACUAUGUUUGAAACUCAUGGAGAGAAUCAGGAAGUCUGAUCAAGCCAGAAGGCGUAGGAAAAGGCCAGCGUUCUAGCCUGAGAGAGGGAAGUGGAGCAACUCCCUGGCAGAGGAGACUGAGACACUAUUUUGUGGAGAAGUGUUUACCUCAGUUAAACUUGUCGUGAAGCCCUGUCCUAAUUAACCUAAGAACUGUGAUUUGGAAAGAUGUGUGGAAUUCUAAACAGACCCAAUUCAACUUUGGACUAAUAAGUGAGCUAAGUGUCAAAUAACAUUUUAUACAUGUGCAGGAUGUAUAGUAAAGUGAUGCUUCAUCUCAAUCAGGUGAAACGAGGCCCCCAUGAUAUUUUAUUUCAUUCUCUUGCAAUCUGAAAUGUCAUCCUUAAAUGAGCAAGUACCUGACUUCUUAGUCCUUACAUUUAAGGGACAGUUUUGAGAUUAAAAUUUUAAUAAAAAUCUGUAAUCAGUGCCUAAGUAAAAUGUAUUCCCUGGUGUGUUUCCGUCAACUAAUUUCGUAAAGACUGGUGAUGGCAUAUAGUCUUCCUGGAUUGUAGUUGUGUGGUAUGUCUGUGCAGCUAAUGAAAAGUCAGCCUCUAUUCAUUUAGAAAGCUUAAUGAGGUAUUGCAAUUGCCAAGAAAACUAGAAGGGAGUUAGACCAAUUAAUGAUCUUUCAGUGUGGGAUUUUCUAGGUGUGUCUCAAUUGCAGUAGUAGAAAAGCAUGAGCUAUUCCAAGCUCCAGAGUUUUGUUUCUUUAAACUUUGUGUCAGACUAUUGAUCUGUAAUAGCACACACUCUCCUUAAGUUGUACAAAACCUUGUUUGUCUGUAAUGAUCAAUUGCUGCAGAACAGUUUGAGUCAUUCUUGAAAUAUGGUGAUAAGAGGAAAUGGUUAUAAAACAAAUAUGUGUAGUCAAAUUAUGGUAUUGAAUAGUGAAACAUUUUGCUCUUAAACUGUUGCUUCCUUUAUUUUUGUAGUAUUAACAUCUUGAUAGUGACCUUGGUUCCAAAACAGAAAAUUGACUACCUCUGUCUUUGUUUACAGAACACUUUAUUUGGUACAGAAACACGUUUCUCCUAAGUGUGUGUAUGUCUUCGUCUGUCACAUAAUGAAUUACUAAAGAAUUCAAGAAAUACGAGUGGCAAUAUACGUUCAGGAGUAAAAAAUAUAUUGACAAAUGCCUGAGAAAUAAUGAUUCUGAAUUGAAAUACAUCAUUAACUUAGCAGUACAUAAAAGGACAAUUCAGAUAGUUUUGUUCUGCAGCAGAAUAAUAUUGAAAAUAAGGAACAUGCUAGAUUCAGAUACAACGAUGUAGUGAAGAUUAUUUGAAAGAAAUUGUGCCUGUAUUGUACAUGACUGUUAUAAAGCUCUGUCUCUAAGAUCACUUCUCUGUUUCAAUUUGUGCCUAAACAGGAAAAAAAGAAGUGCUUAGUGUAUUUUUAAAGACAUGAUUAUGGAUUCUUGUUUAUUCACUGAAAAUUUUAGCUUAGACAACCUAUGUGGCUUGCGUACUCAUGUAAUUCUACUAGAUGGCUAUUUUGUCAUUUCAGCCUGUGUACAUAGAAAAUGCUUUCUGUCCCAAGUACCUUUUUUAGGUAGAUAUGGUGUUUCUUAUACCUUUGGCUUGAGAGGUACGCAAAUAGAGGGCUAGCAUCUCAGUAUUGGUUCCCUCAUCCUUUGGCAAACAUAAUGAGAUGAGUAUAGUGAUCUGGUAUCUUUUUAUCACUGAGUAAAUCACUAUUUUGGCCUGAAAUCUAAAUGGAAUUAAAAUACACAGGAUUCCUGACCUUAUAACUCAAAAUGAAAUGAAAAUGUGCAGGAUUCUUGGUUUUACUCUCCUUAGCUUUUAACUGGAAGUAAAAGGUAGCUGCUGCAUGUCAUGUGCCAUUUCAAUACUGAAGGAUUUUGUAUCUUUUUACAGGUUCUAGGAAUAAAAGAAAAUGUUCAGUCUUUUGAGAAAAUAUUCAGGCUGCUUCUGUUUCACCUCAUCAUUUUUUUGUAACUUAAUCUUUUAACCUGUUUAUUAUCAUGAGCUUUCUAAAAGCUGAAGUUAUGCUGUUAUUGGUCCUGUUGGAAAGCUCUUGGCUUCCUAAAGGUCAAAGAUAGCAUGGACAUUCUGCUAAUUCCAUUUCUAAAGUCUUCUGCCCUUCCCGAUUUGUAUCAAAAUAGUAUGUAGUAUCCAUCCAGAAUAAUGGACUUUCAACCUGUUGCAUUCAGAUGGGUUUGCUUUUUGAUUUUUGUAUUUCAAUAGUGGUCUCUAGACAGUGGUAUUGAGGGUUACUCUGUAGGAUAGUACUUGGUCCACAUUAUCCAUUUACAUUGUUCCUAUUAUGUCAGAGCAUCUUUGAUUAUAAUGAGUUAAUUUUAAGUGACAGGGCUAUCCCAGCAUUGAUGUAGCAAAAUGUCUGCCCCACCAAGGUACAUUCAGUAUUAACUUUAAAUUACUAUGCCUUAAGCAUGAUUUUGUAGUCUGUCAGUAUUUAUUCAGCAUAGUACAAUAUAGAAAUAUUUGUAUUGUGCACAAAUAUUACUCCUAGUCUCUAUUCCCUGGACAGCAUCUGGCUGAUUGGAGUGCGAAGUGACAGGGCCUGAUUGACAGACCUAGAGCAAUGUGGGUUGACCUAUGAAUGAUUUGUAUUGCUCUACGAUGUGUACUGUUUAAUCUGUAACUUCUCACAUUGCUGUUAUAAGUGGAAUUGUGCUGUGCUACUCCUGGCACAGAGAGCAUGAGAAAGAGAGGCGGUAACCAGCUGGGGCCAGAGACUCUGCAUUUUUGGGGUGAUGUAAUUUGUUUAUUCAACAACAUAAAAGCUAGAUCCCUUGCAAUGAUGGUUGGAGACCUCACCUACAAGUGGAUGUACUGCACGGGACCCUCCAGUUGCCGGGACAGCCUCUCCAAAUCCUCACUGUGAAAAAGGGGCUCCCCUGCAGAUCUGAUGAUGAUGACAGGGCGAUUUGUGAUGUAUCUUUCUUAAUUACUGUACUUAUUCUCCUGUACUAAUGAUUAGACGCAUUGCCUUUAAAAGUUGUUACUGCUAACUUGUUGAUGGCUAUGAAUCAUUUGUUACCUUGCUUGCUGUAACAAGUUGAGUAAAACUUCAUUUCACAGAGUAUUAGAGAGUUUGGACUUUUAUGCUGAUUGUGCUUUGUGCUUAGCACCCUGUGGUAAAUCAGUGCUGACACUUUUAUUGAUAUAAGAGUACAUAUGGGCAAACUAUCUUGCUUGAAGCCUAAAGAAUUCCUGUUUCAACUGUGCUUUGCCUAAGGUACCCAGAAUCACUGCCUUCUAGGAUUUAAUAGUUUAAGGAGCAAGGGCUUUCAGUUAGAUUGUCCAUUGGGAUGCCAUUUAUUUUCACUAGAUUAUUGUUUUAAGCACAAUUAAUGAGAUUUACCAUGGCUUGAUUGGUUAUGAUGGCAUUUGUGUCAUAUAUGUGAUGGCGCAAGUGUCCUAAUGACUUGCAUCUUUCAGUGUAUCUGAAGUCUGAGAAUGUAAACUGCGUUGCAGGAGUAUUUUUAUUUAGGGAAGAUGAUUUGGUUUUACUUGGUAGACUGGAAGAAUAAGCUCGAAGACAUCUUACAGCUAUACCUAUUUAUGGUCUUGUUCCUGACAUUUCUUGAAGAAUGUUAAUCACAUAUUACAAAAUAUUUAUCUAGUGAUCUUAUUUUGCAUUUUUAAAAGACUGUUUGAUUUUUAGCUUAUAUACACAACUGUAACCCCACUUAAAACUGCAGUGAAAUUAAUCAUUAUUAAAAAAGAUUUGCUAUGGUUUGCAGCAUGCCUUAACUUAAAACAAGAUUUAACUAUUUAAAUCUCGGGCAAAGAAGUUACAUCCUUAAUUGUAAAUAACAGGUAAAAUACUGUAAAUAACAAGUAAAAUACUGAUUUAGUAGUGUCUACAGUUCAGUAGUUAACACUGCAUUAAGAUGAUGUGUUAUUCUAAAAAGAUAAAUAUUCUUCCAUCCCUCAGGCUACAAUCAAAAUUAAUCAUAUCUUUUAACAAAGAUUUUUUUUUUUAAAGAGGUAACACUACUUCCUCUGUUGGUAUCCCUAUGUUUUAACAUUUGCCAUUGCUAGAAUACCACAGUUGUCCUCAACUCCAAACUUCAGAUAGGGUUUUCACAUAGUAUCAAAAUGAGGGAGAAGGCUUUCAUUUUGACAUAGAGAAACUCUUGUUAUGACUCAUCAAACGUAAAUUUAGAAAAGAAGGGCUAUGGCCCUGUCUGUUUCUCUAAGAUACUUCAAUUUUUGUUUGCUGUCUGCUCUGACUGCUUCCACUUUAUCCCCUUCUACAGUAUGUGAAAGUUUUGGGCAGGGCCAGCUUGACUGGUAAACCCUC